GUAACAAUAGCUUCAUUUGCGUUUCGAUCACUGUGUGGUAGGAAGAAGCGCGCACAAUAUGAACACUGCGACUAGCGUGGUGUGCCUCGCGGCGACGCUGAUGUGCGCCUCCGCUUUCUCAAUCGAGUUGAGACAAGACCCGGAGACACUGUGCAUCGGACAAGACAACUUUCUGCGGAUCGCCAGCGACAGCGACUGCACUUUCUACUUCCAGUGCUAUGCCAGCCGCUCAUAUCUGAUGCAAUGCCCCUACGGCUCUUGGUUUAAUGAGCAGGAACAGAUCUGCGAUGCAGCUGAUCCACCUGAAGGUUGCCAGGUAGAAGCUUUACCAACGCCAACACCUCAACCAGAAUCAGAGCCUACGGAGGGGCCUGAAGAGGUUGAACCAGAGGAAGAAUCUGAAGAGACAGAGCCUGAAGAGGAACAAGAGACAGAGCCUGAAGAAGAACAAGAGGUAGAACCAGAAUCAGAAGAUGAAGAAGUGCGAGAACCCGAGGAAGGACAAGAGGUAGAGCCAGAGCCAGAAUCUGAAUCUACAGAGGAGCAAGAAGUGAUCGAACCAGAAGAAGAAUUGGAACAGGUAGAAGCUGAAGACGAACAAGAGGGUGAAUCAGAUCAAGGCCAAGAGCAAGAAUUUGAACAAAGAGAACCUGUAGGAGGCCUUAACGAGAUGGAACCUGCGCAAGACCAAGUGGAAGUUACAGAUGCAGAUCCAGAGGAGUCUGAAAUGGAAGAUGAAGAAGGUUUAAAGAAAUUAUCGAAGCAGGUGGGAGUAGACGGAAACCAAUUACCUGAAGAGGAGUUAGGAUCUGAAGAUAUUAUACCGUUAAUCCUUAAAAAAGGUAAACAUCAGAAUCAACAUCAUCACAAUGACCACGAUCACGAUCAUGACCACGAUCACGAGAACGAGCACAGCCACGGCCACGACCACGACCACGUUCAGGAUCACGAUCACGACCACGACCACGAUCACGAUCACGACCACGGCCACGACCACGAUCACGAUCACGACCACGGCCACGACCACGAUCACGAUCACGACCACGGCCACAACCACUACCACGACCACGACCACGACCACGACCAUGACAAUGAACACGAAAGUGAGGAAGGUUCUGGUGAUGACAUUGCUCAAGCAGAAGAAGGUAAUGAGCCAGCUGAAGAAAAAACUGUGCAAAGAAAUAAAAGGAAUUUAGUGCAAAAACAAGAUGAAGGGGACUCUGAGGAUAUUGAGGAAUCUGAUGAGGAAAAUAAUAAUAGCAAACAACAAAGUGAUGAAAGCAGUAGUGAGAAUGAUGAUGACGAAAUCGUGGGCGAAACUAAUGAAGACGAUGAGUAUGACGACGAGGAGUUGAGGUUACUUCGAAUUAUAAGCCGAUCGUUAAAACAAGUAAAUGAGGAAAUUGAGAAUGAAGAAGAAGUGGACGACGAAGAUGAUUUAGUUGAAGAUGACGAAGCUCGCAAAAUAAAGAGACAAAAUGAAGAAGAAGUGGAUGAUGAAGAUGAUUUAGUUGAAGAUGACGAAGCUCGCAAAAUAAUGAGACAAAAUGAAGAAGAAGUGGAUGAUGAAGAUGAUUUAGUUGAAGAUAACGACGCUCGCAAAAUAAUAAGACAAAAUGAAGAAGAAGUGGAUGAUGAAGAUGAUUUAGUUGAAGAUAACGACGCUCGCAAAAUAAUGAGACAAAAUGAAGAAAAAGUGGAUGAUGAAGAUGAUUUAGUUGAGGACGACGAAGCUCGUAAAAUAAUGAGACAAAAUGAAGAAGAAGUAGCUGAUGAAGAUGAUUUAGUUGAAGAUGACGAAGCUCGCAAAACAAAGAGACAAAAUGAAGAAGAAGUGGAUGAUGAAGAGGACAUAGAUGAAGAUGAGGAAACCCGCAAAUCAAAGAGACAAAAUGAACAAGAACUUUACAUUGAAGAGGAUGUAGAUGAAGAUGAGGAAACUCGAAAAUCAAUGAAACAAAAUGAAGAUGAACUAGAUGAUGAAGAGGAUGUAGAUGAAGAUAAGGAAACCCGCAAAUUGAAGCGACAAAAUGACGAAGACGUGGAUGAUGAAGAAAUAGAAGCAGAUGAAGAAGUCGUAACGCCUUUUUAUAAAUGGCUAUUUAGAGCAUUCUCUUGAAUUACAAAGAGCGUCGCAACGGGCAGAAACUAAUAAUACUUUUAAUUAGAUAGGUUUUAGGAUUAUUUAUUGUUUUAAGUGUAAUAAGUAGUAUCACUUUGUGCAAUUUGUAAGUAUGCUGACGUGAGAGUGUAAUAAAUUAUAUUUAACUCUAAA